AAUAUUCGUUUUUUUUUACCCUCCCUAAUAUACAUAUAAAAUUUUUUUGAUAUUCUCGUAUUUCUGUGGUAAUAUAAACAGAGAUCUUCAUUUCAUAUUUCAUCAUCAGAUCAGAAAUUUAGGAUUUUUAGUUCAAAACUUUUACAACUAAAAUAUAUUUCUUACAUAAAAUUUUUGUUUAAAGAUGCAAAGCUCUUUCAUUGCUCAAUUCGAACGCCACUGUAAUUCCUAUAGACUUCAAAUUAUUUAAAAUUAAGUUCUAUAUAUCCAAAAGUCAAACUAUGAUUUCUAUAAACACCAAAUGGAGCUACUUUAUUGCUGCCAUCGAAAUGCCCGGGGAGCUCAACCUAAAGUUGCUUAUGAUAUUGCUGGGUUAUACACCAAACAUGCUACAUAAAUUGAGCGUCUGCAAUUCAAAAGCAAAGUGUAUAUAGAGAAACAAGCUAUCACAGAAAAAUCAUACAAUAUGGCACAGAAGCAAGCAGGCAAGCGUCUACUUCCUCAAGGCGCUUGUAAAACCCAGAGAACCAUAUAAAACAAUACCACCAACAACGGCACCCACAACCCCUGCGUUCAUCAGCGUGGUGGGAAGGCUAUGGUAGAGCGUUUGUGCAGCUCACCAAGCCAUCAGUGACUCUCAAGCAAAAAAACGAAAAUCGCACAGCUCAGCUCUCAGCACUGCUUGUCACAUGGCUAUGAGUGUUGUGACAAUGUUGUUGUAAUGACAUGCGCUAUCUUAAACUGACCUGGCCUGGUCGGUCAGUUUUCUAAGUUGGCUAGCUGGUUCACAAGAGACACUACACAAGCUGGUGCCAUCCAUGCCAUCCAAUGAAACAACAUACUUAAAUGCCGUUAGUAUCACUGUAUGUAUCUGUGCAUUGUUUAGUGUUCGAGCUCUCGUAAUUACAAAUGGCAAGUGAAUCAAAGCGCUUGCUAAUUUCAUGUAUGUAUAUAUGCAGCUAAGCUAGCACACUGCACCCUCCCAAAAACAAUUUGGCAUGCAAAAUAGUCGAAACGAGACUAGUCGCCGUCUCAUGGCCGCAGUCAGCGAUGUUGUGGAAGUCGUGCGUCUCAGUGUUCCUCAAUGAAAACGCUUUUUCAGUGAGUAGCCAUUUUGGCUGCACAAAAACACGCCAGAACGAAACAAACCAACAAAUGAGACGAACAGCCAGCGAGAGUAGCAUUAUAUAUUGUACAGCAGAGCGGUGGCGCAUGGGAAAAAAGAAAAUUUUUGUGACAGCGCACGGAAAAGUGGCAGCACUGCAAAGCGUAUUCUUCUUUGGCCACCACUACGACUCUCAACCUCUACGCUGAGAAGCUACGCUCGUCGCUCGGCCUGUCAAUAUACACUUUGGCUUCAUACUAUCCACCAACAAGCAACCAAAAUACACAAAUUUAUUAAUAUUAGAAGCAAAGUUUUGCAAGUUAAAUAUAUAUAAAAAAAAUAAUAAUAAUAUAUAAAUUGUAAAAAAGUAAAAGAUAUUCAAUUUAAUUUAUAUACAAAAGAAAAUACCGCGCUUUUUUCUCGUAUACUACGCAUAAAAAGAAGAAACACCACUGCAAUCAAUAAAAUACGCAAAACUUCAGGAAGCAAAUACAAAUUACGAAAUAUUCGUCUGUAAACGUGUAAAAUAAAAGCAGUGUAUAUAUACGGCAUUGAAAACAGCAAAGAAAUAGCUACAAAUAAAAAAUUGUGUAGAAAAUUAUAGUGCUGCGUAAAAAAAAAGAAAGGCAGCGAAAUAUUCAUAAAAGCAAUAAAAGUUUUAAAAUCCGAAAAAAACGCAGAAAAUACACACGAACGCACGAAAUAAGAAAUCAAACGACGAGCGAGUUGAAAAAAGAUAAUAAAAAAAGCAAAUGCGAAACAAAAAUCAGAGUACAAAAAAAAAAAAUAAAAAACCAGCAAAUAUUUUGUUGCUAAGCGAGCAGUAAAUGUAAAAGUUGUAAAUAUUGCAAACUGCAAUAAAAAGGUAAAUGUUGAAAAAGUAACACGAAAGGCGAUGUAAAACAAAAAAAAAAUUGAGUUAUAAUAUAAAAAAUAUAUUAAAAAGCUGUUUUCAGAAGAGAUGUAAGUGUAAAAAGUCAACAAAAAUUAAUUUUCGAGUUUAAAAAUAUUUUGUAUAGCUAAUAAAAAAAGGUAAAAAAACGGGCACACCAAAGUACUUAUAAAAAAAAAAGAAACAAAAACAAAAAAAAAAUAAAAACAAAAAAAAAUAUAAUAAAAUUUUAAGCAGCGAAAGUGUUAGAAACACCUAGAAAACACACAAUAUUUUUUUUUUCUUAAUAAAACAGCAAAGUAAACUACUAGGUGGGCGGAAAAUUGUACGCCACAUAAAAAUUAAUGCCAACAUCAAUUGGUCGUAAAAGUGUGCCACAAAUAAAGCGCAACACACACAAGAGCAAACCCCAAUUAAGUGGAAAUAAUUUAGCAAUUCAUGGUAAUACCACCAAAUUCAAGAAUUUUACGAAGCGCAUACACCCACUAGUUUAUUGUGCUACCAACCAAUCCGCCACUGCUGAUGCCAAAGGAAAGUCACGCUAUAAAAUCUAAACUAACAGUACGCAUUUAAAGCGCACACAAAACAAGAAAGAAGCGCCUACGCACUACCCUAAGCUGACAGCAAAUUUACUUCGUUUACUUCUCGUACAACCAACACAACCAAAUUUGUUUUUAUUUUAGGUCUACGUAGUUGUGACUGUGUAGCACCCUGUGUUUUUUUUAAUGUCAUACUUGCCAUACUUGCCAUACUUGCCGACAGCUCUGUCAUUGUUCACGCUACUACAUUACCGAGCACAAAGAUUCAUUGCUGUAGUCCUUACAAACCGCCCAAGCGUCCAACCAAUCAAGCCAACCGUUUAGUGCCUCCAAAAAAAUAAAACUCAAAGAUCGCAGUUAACUAACUGUUUGUUAGUGCAACAUAUUUGCUGUCGCAGCUCGUUCUAUCUAUCGAUAGCAGCAACUUAAAAUUAUUUCGUCACGAGCUUUCUCAUUCCGCCAACAUAUUUCGUUGCUUAACAUCACCUAUAAUACUACGACGCAACACCGAAAUUCUUUGGUUUUAUCACAAAUUUUAUUGAAUUCUCGAAUUUCGUCUACGCGCGAUACUUCGUUUAUUUUUACGACGUCUAGAUCUUCUGCUGUUGCCAAUAAAACAAAAACAACAUUUAUGGAAAACAAAAGCAACUUAGAAAUUGCAUUCAAUAACGGGAAUAUUUUUAUAAAAAGCAUUGCAGUUGAAUUAAGACUGAAGUGGAAAUAAUUGCUACAAAAAACACAAAAAAAAAGAAAUAACUAAGCAAAAAGAAAGCGCAGUAACUUUAAUAAAGGAAUUUAAAAAAAAUCUGCAGUAUAUUUUUAUUCUAAACUGCACACACACACACAUGUGCGACAGCACGCCUGUGCCGAAAACACGCACACAUGCACGCCUUAAUUAUGUUGCUGCACAAUGUCCACACCGUUGGGCGACGACACCACCACAACUAAAGCGGCAACAGGCACGCAACAACGUGCCACAAUCACAACAACCACAACAAUAAACACUUGCGAACAGCAUGCCAACAUGAACACAACUGCAGCAACUGCAGUUAUUGCAACGAGCGCAACUGCAACCACAAUCACAGCAACAACACGCCACACUAACCACAUACAUAACCAUCAUCAUCAACAUCAGCAACAACAGCCGCCAAUCGAUGUUGUUGAUGGAAAUGUUGUUGCAAUUGCAACAACAACAACAUCGGCUGUGGUAGAGCAAUCAGAAGCUUUCAUUACGUCACAUUGCUGGCAAGCACAACAGCAACAGCAAGCACAACAAAAACAACAACAAUUGCUUUUGCCACAACGACAACAGCAGCAGCAGCAACAACAGCAUGCGCACGGCAAUAGCAACAACAGCAGUGGCAGCAGCAAUCCUUCGAGCAGUCAUUUUGUUUGCUAUUUGCCCGUGCUAAAGCCCGAUGUGGUGCUCAGCGAUCGCGGUCUAUUUACCGUUUAUUGUUUUGUCAAAGAUUUUGUUAGGUAA